AUGUCGAUGGCGCAGGUGUGCUGUGACUCGGCCGCAGCGGCGACGGCGGCACCGGUGGUCGGGGCGGAGGCAGAGGCGAGGGCCCGGGCGCGCGCCGAGAGGCCGCGCCGGGCCGCGGAGGCCGGGAGGUGGAAGCACGCGGCGGCGGCCGCUGGUGGCACGGCCGACGCCACGAGGAAGCGGAGCCUCGAGGCCGGGGAGCUGCUCGUGGCGCGGAAGCACGGGGCGGCGUCGGUGGCCGGCCGCAGGAGGGAGAUGGAGGACGCCGUGUCCGUGCGCGAGGCGUUCGCCCUCGCGGAGGCCAAGGCCGACGGCCACGGCGGGAGGCGCGACUUCUACGGAGUGUUCGACGGCCACGGCUGCUCGCACGUGGCCGAGGCGUGCCGGGACCGGAUGCACGAGCUGCUCACCGAGGAGCUCGCUGUCGUCGCCGAUGACGCACGUGGCUCCGCGGCGGCCUGCUGGACUGCGGCGAUGGAGCGCAGCUUCGCGCGGAUGGACGCCGAGGUGAUGUCGGCCGCCGCGGCCAGCGGCGCCUGCCGCUGCGACGCGCACAAGUGCGACCACGUGGGGUCCACCGCCGUGGUGGCCGUGGUGGAGGAGCGCCGCGUGGUGGUGGCCAACUGCGGCGACAGCCGCGCCGUGCUCUGCCGUGGCGGGGACGGCGCGCCGCCGCUGCCGCUGUCGUCGGACCACAAGCCCGACCGGCCCGACGAGCUGGAGCGGAUCGAGGCCGCGGGCGGGCGCGUCAUCUUCUGGGAGGGCGCGCGCGUGCUGGGCGUGCUCGCCAUGUCCCGCGCCAUCGGGGACGGCUACCUCAAGCCGUACGUGUCGUCCGUGCCCGAGGUGACGGUGACGGACCGGUCCGACGGCGACGAGUGCCUCAUCCUGGCCAGCGACGGGCUGUGGGACGUGGUCAGCAACGAGGACGCGUGCGAGGUGGCGCGCGCCUGCCUCCGCAGGGGCCGCGCCAAGUGGUGCGCCGAGGCCGCCGCGCUGCUCACCAAGCUGGCCCUCGCGAGGCGCAGCUCCGACAACGUCUCGGUCGUCGUCGUCGAUCUCCGCAGGAGGAAUCGCUCCUAG